CUUACACGAGCCAGCCGGCAGUCGCACCCCUGGCUGAACUACCGACAAAUAUGCCAACACUCUGCAGGGAAAAAAUGGCCGACCGGCACAAACAAGCCGGUGGCACACACACCGGCCCUCCAUGACCCCUCAGAGCAUGGAAAAAGUUCCCUCCCCUCCCUCCCUCCCCCGCUGCCCACGUCAGGUCGGUAAGUCUGUGAGUCAGUGAGUGGUGCCGAAGAUGUGUGGGCAGUGUUUGAAAUCGUUGUGUCGCUUCUUCUCCCAGUAGCUGCCCCUGAAGGCCCACGUGGCCUCCCCCGUGUACUUGUCCCUUGACCGCUGGAACCACAGCGGCGAGUAGUCCUGCUCCCCACGCGGCCGCUUCUUGGCCGCCUCACGCUGACGGUCCUCCAGUCUCGUCUUCUCACUCGAGGCCUCGUCCAGCCGGCCCUCCUCGUAAGCACGCUGGUCGGGGCGGAAUCGCGAGUCGGUCCGCGGCAUGUGGGCACCGGCCUGUCGGUCGUAUUCGGGCGUGAUCUCGUUGAGCUCCAUCGCCAUCUGGCUGUAGUUGAAGUACUGCUCGGCGUGGGCGGGCAGCGGUGUGGGCGACCACAGCACGCGACGAGUGGAGGGGUCUGACUGGAUGGACUCCCAGUCGACCUCAGGGAUGGGCAUCGACCCCACGGGCGGCGGAUGGUGGUGAUAUGAGUGCUGGCUCGACGACGACCCCUUGCGGCCCCUCGCCCGCUUGGCGGCGGCUGAGCUGGGGUCCUGCGUGGCAGAGCCGUCCACCUGGCCGCUGGCCUCAGACAUGAGCGAGGAUGAAGUCGACCCACGCACAUGGUGCUGCAGCAGCGGCUCCUGCUCGGGAGAUGUGUGCUGGGGGUGUGGCGGGGUGGGGGUGGGGCGCGAGUUGCCGUCGCUUGGGAUAGGUCCGGGGUCGCACCUCUCGGCCCAGACCUCAGCGCUCCAGCUGCCCCCGAGCAGCCAGUGUGUGCGGCCGUGCUUGUCCUGGACGACGCCCCGCAGCUGGUGCAUCUUCUUGUCGAACCAGCCCUUGCGCAGCAGCUCGAUGAUGGCCACGUCGCCCGUGCUGUGGUUGGUCACGAGCACCGUGCCGUACCACUCCACCCACAGACGGCCGAACAGGAUGUUGUGCACCACCAUGUGCGGCCGCGCCCACGUGAAGUGGUCGGCCUCGGCCACCCGUGGCAGCACGCAGUGGAUGCUGCCCGACGGGAUGGCCUCCACCGACUUGCCGAUGAAGCGGUUCUUGAGAUGCACGUGGCCCCAGAUUACAAAAUCGUCACUCUCGGCAUGAUAUGCAGACACCGGCGGGUGGUGACCAACCUGAAUGCAGACACCAUCACAGAACACACACAUCCAUGCGACCACAUCCUGACCUCUCCGCCUCCCUCCCUCCCUCCCUCCCUCGCUGACCUGCUCAGCAAUGAAUCGGAACCCCCUGUGUGUGAUCUCGUAGGUCUCUCCGAGCAGCGGGUUGAAGGGCUUGACGAACCGCCCCACCGUCGAGGCGAAUGGCGUCACCGAGAAGACCGCCAUGUACACGAGCCGCUCCAGCGGGUCUGUGAGGCUGGCGGCCGUGCGCACCAGUGCCGUGUACUGCAGGUCCUCCGCGAGCCGCUGCAAAAAGCUGGUCGGCUCGUUGAAGAAGAUGGGCAUGGAGAUGCGGCUGAGGUCCUUGCCGAUGAACUCCUUCAGGAUGUUCCACAGGCUCACCUUGAUCUCCGCGCGUGGCACGGGCAGCCGUGUGCGCCGCUGGAUGCCGCCCGCCGGCUGGGAGCCGUUGCUGACCACCGCUGCAGAUGAGCUGACGGUGCCAUAGUCGGGCCGAUAGACGAGCGGCGAUGCGCCGGCAGCUGCUGCUGUCGACUCGUCGAUAAGCUUUUCGGCAGCGUCGAAGAAGUCCUCAUAGUCGUCCCAUUCGCCCUCCUCUUCCUCCUCAUCAGCAUUAAGCACUCCUCCCUCCUUGGAGCCAAGUCGGGAUGCCGCCCGCGCCAGCUGGUGGUUCUCCUUGCCGAUGUGCAGGAAGGUGUUCUCCAGGGCCAUGUGCCGCCGCGUCUCCUUCUUGGCCCACGCCUCGGCCUGCGAGAACUGCUGGUCGCUCAGGGCCUCGAUGGUCCACAGGAUGCUCUUCAUCUGAUCGAGGCACUCGGUGACCUGCUGCUGCGCCGCCUCGUCCUCGAGCUCGCCCACGAUCCGUAUGGCCAUCUCGUGGUGCUUGGCGUAGUCGUGCAUCUUGUCGCGCAGGCGGGUGCGGGUCUCGCCCAGCUGCUCCACAAAAGUCAGCUGCGGCACCGUGCUGUUGUCGUCAUCGGUGGCCUCGAUCGACGGCGUGGGCGAGUAGUUGGGCAGCGAGCCGUCGGUGGUCCUUGCGGGCGGCUUGAGGGAGGCAUUGUGCAGGCCGCCCUUGGCCUUGGUGAGGGCGUCCAGCCACCGCUCCUUGUCCUCCUUGCUCGCAGCCUUGAGCGUCACUCUGCCGCGGGGAGUGGCGAUCUCGAAGCGAUGGGCGUCACCGUGGCAGAGCGACAAGCCGCACUCGCUGAGGGCGAAGCUGUCCCGCAGCGGCCCGCCCUUCUCGUGUGAGUACUUGAGCACCCCCAGCUCCACAGUGAAGUGCCGGGGCCGCCACGCCUUGACAUAGUUGGUCCACUUCAUGAGCUCCCCCUGGUGGAGGACGUAGGGGGUGACGGUGAUGUUGCACGUCUCCGAGUGUCUGUCGAGCUCUGACAUGUCGAAGUCGCACUCGCAGACCAUGCACUGGAUCAGCGGGGUCGCGGGCCUGCGGGACUGAGUGCUGCCCGUGUGUCCUCCGAUGGUCGGCGAAUGGACACCUGGAGAUUGUGCUGAAGAGGACGCUGAGUGACUGUUGACUGCGCGGGGAAGAAUAGGCAAGCCGACCUCUUCACCAGUACCUGGUGAGCGCAUAGGGACCUCCCCUUACCACCAGCAGUCUCGAGAUCUCCGGGAGAACGCAAAAUGAGGAGAGCGUCUGCAAGCUUAGCUUUGCUGUCCUUCAAGCUUCGGUGGAGAGCGAAUGAGGAGAGAUAUCCACGUCCUCGUGUCUUCGAUGAGGAAGCUGUGUGUGCAGAUCUUCAGAAUGCCCCGUUCAAGA